AGAGAGAGAGAGAGAGAGAGAGAAAAAAAAAAAAAAAAAAAAAAAAAAAAAAAAAAGAGGAAGCAGCAAUGCCGUCUUUAACGGCUUCGAGAUUGGAGACUAACCAGAGAACUCAAGAGAAAACAAAAAGGAAAAGUUGCUGUAAGAAAACAUUCGAUUAUUAGAGAGAGAGAGAGUUGGGGUCACGUUGGGAGCAGGUAGAGGUGGUGCUCGGAGAUCUUGUCAGCCAGAUCGGAACCAGAAAGAAGAAGAAAUUCAUUUGCAGAUGGGGAGGGAUGUUGCAGGUUCACGCACUGACAAGAAACCAAAUGCUGUCAAUGCGAAGUCAAAUGGUACCUUUCAUGGUGUAGUUCACAUUGCUCCAAAAGUUGUAUCCGAAAGAGAUGAAACAAAGGACUACGAGGCGGAGGAUCAUGUUGCAAAAGGCUCACCUGCUGAUGGACAUAAUGAGAAGCAAGAUGUGCUAGGUGUCAAAAGCAUAAAUCAUCAGCCCGAGGCUCAGAAGUCUAGUGACAAAAAUCUAAGCUCACCAGUUAAGCAGGCAUCAGGGUCUGCUGUUAAUGGGACAAAGAAUAUGAAUUCUUUGGAGCCGCUUGCACCUGGUUUUGAGUCUGGGAAACAACUUUCAUUUCCAAACCAUGCCAAUGGGAUUGAAACAGUUGAUUCUGGUUUAAAAUAUCUAUCAAAGACUAGUAAUCUACAUUCCCCCAAAACUGUGAAAAAUUCUCUAACAAACUCUCCUACUGUGUCAAGCAAGAUGCUGCAUACUGAUGUUAAGAAAUAUCAUGAUGACGAUGAUAAUUGGUCCUUGGCUUCCUCUACUGCAACAUCUGUACGUAGUAAAUCCAGAGUUACAGUUCCGUUGGCUCCAACAUUUAAAUGUAUGGAGCGUUUAGAGAGACGCAAGGAGUUUUACACUAAGUUGGAGGAAAAACAUAAAGCUUUGGAGCAAGAGAAACUCGAAUAUGAAUCAAGAACCAAGGAAGAAGCAGCAGCAGCUAUAAAGCAGCUUAGAAAGAGCAUGGCAUAUAAAGCAAAUCCAGUUCCUAAUUUUUAUCGUGAAGGGCCUCCCCCGAAGGUUGAACUUAAGAAGCUGCCAGUGACCCGUGCCAAAUCACCAAAUCUAAACCGGAGAAAGAGCUGCAGUGAUGCAUUGAAAUCAUCUCCAGUUGAAAAGGGAACUUGUGGACGAACAACUCGUCACAGCAUAGGUGUUUACAAAGAAAGCAAACCCUCUCCUACAAGUACAACUCCCAAAAGCAAGAGCCGGGUUGGUGUUCGCAGUGUAAAUGCAACGAGCAAUGUCAAGGGCCGUCCACAAAAAGUGAAAGUGAAUACAGAAAAUUCCGACGCCACAGAUCAGGGGAAUGCCGAUAUUGGUGUUGAGUCAUGAAGAAUUUACUGGUCUUUUGUAGGUUUAGUUUUACUUGUAUGAUUGAUCAGAAUGUUUAUGGCCGUGAUUAUGUUUUUCCCCCCCUACAUUGACUUGUCAAAAGAGAUGUCCAAUUCCUGAGUUGUAUAUUUUUACAUAAUUUAUUAUGUUUAACGUGUGACAUAUAAAAAUGCCCUAGCCAUGUUUUGCUUGGAAAUAUUGUACUAGGGAACUAGCCUUUGUCGAUUGGUCUAUAUAUUGUCUUGCUUUUUUCCA